GUGAAACCGUGUGUAUUCAACUAACUUUUUGAAAGGAAACACAUACGAUUUUCAGGUAAAUUGGCUGGUGUCAUAUGAAUAAGGGCAGAAUCAUAGACGAAAACAACGGUAAAGUUUGAUAUACUUUAUUCCAUAUUGAUAGAUUAGUUAGCCAGUUCGAACUAUGCAAAACGCUGUUAAAACCCUGACAUAGCUCUUUCUCUAUUAUCACCUGUACAACUUGAUACCAUGCAUAGCAUGAUUAACACUGAGUUUUGACUUCACAACGUACAGGCCACAUCUGGUAUAUCUAUUCGGUUCUGAAUUUCUGUAAAAGUCGGGCUUUUUUUUGGGAUUGGCAUAUGCAUUGGACCGCAAUGGGGAACUCUAAGUACUAAUCCGCAGCGUGGCGCUGUGAAGCAACUCGGUCCUGCCGAUGCGCGGCGCUGUCGUCGUAGCAAUACUUUAGUACGUAAAGAAUCGAAAUACAUCCUUAAAAAAUCGCUUGUAAUCCAACUUUUAACACGCUUCAAAAUGGCAUCGAAGCAAGAUAUAAGUGACAUGAGGAUUUCUGAGUUACAAGCCGAACUUAGAACCUUUGGGGCAAAGGUAUCCGGAAGAAAACAAGAGCUUUGUGAAAGGUUGGAAUUUUACAGACGCAAUAAGACUAGUGCGAAUGUACAGCCUGAGUACAGAAUGGAUCUGCCAGAUGCAAGUCACUACAAAGAUCUUCACGCUGGAAUGGUGGAACUAGUAGAAAAUAUUUCACUGAGGCGCAUCGAAGAAUACCUACAGCAGUUUGACAAAAGGAUUGAUAGCAAAACCAAGGAUUUCUAUGAACAGAGAUUCCUAAGGUUUGUGCGCAUAGCAAAACCUGGUGGCAGUACUUCUGUUUACAUAUCAUCCUCGAUGUGGUCUGAGAUGAAGAAGUCCGUUUCCUACCCCCUUCAGUAGCAAUAGAAAAAAAUACGAAGAGAUCAAUCAGAGUGUUACAACUGAGUGCGGCUUAUUUGUUAGUAAAGAAACCCCUGUGCUUGCAGCAUCUCCUGAUCGUGUUGUUAAUGCAAAUCUAAUUGUCGAAGUCAAGUGCCCCUAUGUUGCCAAA